CGGGGCGGGCUUUUAAUGAAGGGACGGCAGUGGGAAAGAUGGCGGCGACUCUGGGACCCUCUGGGUGGUGGCAACGGUGGCGGCGGCGUUUGUCGGCUUGGAAUGGGUCCAGGAUGUUGCUCCUUCUCCUUUUGUUGGGGUCUGGGCAGGGGCCACGGCAAGUCGGGGCGGGUCAAACCUUCGAGUACUUGAAACGGGAACACUCGCUGUCGAAGCCCUACCAGGGUGUGGGCACAGGCAGUUCCUCACUGUGGAAUCUGAUGGGCAAUGCCAUGGUGAUGACCCAAUAUAUCCGCCUUACCCCAGAUAUGCAAAGUAAACAGGGUGCCCUGUGGAACCGGGUGCCAUGUUUCCUGAGAGAUUGGGAGUUGCAGGUGCACUUCAGAAUCCAUGGACAAGGGAAGAAGAAUCUGCAUGGGGAUGGCUUGGCAAUCUGGUACACAAAGGAUCGGAUGCAGCCAGGGCCUGUGUUUGGAAACAUGGACAAAUUUGUGGGGCUGGGAGUAUUUGUAGACACGUACCCCAAUGAGGAGAAGCAGCAAGAGCGGGUAUUCCCUUACAUCUCAGCCAUGGUGAACAAUGGCUCCCUCAGCUAUGAUCAUGAGCGGGAUGGGCGGCCUACAGAGCUGGGGGGCUGUACAGCCAUUGUCCGCAAUCUGCAUUAUGACACCUUCCUUGUGAUUCGCUAUGUCAAGAGGCAUCUGACGAUAAUGAUGGACAUCGAUGGCAAGCAUGAGUGGAGGGACUGCAUUGAGGUGCCAGGGGUUCGUCUGCCCCGGGGCUACUACUUUGGUACCUCCUCCAUCACUGGAGAUCUCUCGGAUAAUCAUGAUGUCAUUUCCCUGAAGUUGUUUGAGCUGACAGUGGAGAGAACCCCAGAAGAGGAGAAACUGCAUCGAGAUGUGUUCCUGCCCUCAGUGGACAACAUGAAGCUGCCUGAGGUGACCGCCCCAUUGCCGCCCCUGAGUGGCCUGGCCCUCUUCCUCAUCGUCUUCUUCUCGCUGGUGUUUUCCGUAUUUGCCAUUGUCAUUGGUAUCAUACUCUACAACAAAUGGCAGGAACAGAGCCGAAAGCGUUUCUACUGAGCCGUCCUGCUACUGCCGCCCCUGUGGCUGUCACUAUGAGGUGUGGGAGGAGCAGGCACUGGCCUGAGCAUAUAGCCUGGCAGGCCUUCUCUAGUCUCCAACAGCUGGUCAGGGACUCUGUUUGUCACUGGAACUUUGAAUGCAGGGACACUGCAUUACCAUGGUAAUCCAUGGGGACAUCUGACUCUGGUUCAGGAAGCCCACCUACCCCAGGGCAGUGCUGCUGUGACGUGCCUUUCCCUGCAGUCCUUCCACUUGGGAGCUAAGAGGAUAGAGAGAAUUUAUGCGGUUAUGGUACUAAAAUCACAGAAAAGAAUUUCAUAGCUCAGGCUGCCUUGUUGUUGGACUCAGAGGACCCUUGUACUUCAUUUUUAAAUCUGCAAAGAAUACAACACUGAUAACUCCCCAGACCUUCAGGCUUCCAUUCAUUGCUUUUCAUCCAAGCCUCUGUCCACUUGAGAAACUUUCGUUAGAAAUCUGGAUGGAAACUUCUUCCCUGCAUUGCCUUCUCCCUCCAUUCAUCGUUCUCUCCAAAUGCAGCCUGAGCUGGAAGAGACAUCUGGAUGCCUGUCUUUUGGAGCCUGGGGCUGCAGAACAAACUUAGGUUUUGCUGACCCUCAUUAGGUGGCCAUGGGGAAAGGGCUUUUUGCUUUGGCUCACUGCUCUAGUGAUUGUUCUUUAGCGUGAAACUUGGCUCUCUUGGUUUGUGACUUUCCCAGUUGGUUUCUUUAGGCCCUCAGUCAGGUUUGACACACUUGGUGUGCAAGUCAAGAGAAACUUGGAAGACUUCAUGGAUGUAAUAGGAGUAACUGUGAAACUGCCCAGCUCCAUGUUUUGACACCAAAAGCAACAUUUGCCAUGUGGAGAUGUUUCUGGACUCUGGAGCCUGCAUGUUUUGUGUUUAUCAUGAUUUUUGGAAUCCCACUUUGAGUGUUCAAAAUGUAAGGAAGCUUUCUUUUUAUAGCCUCGGCUUGGAUACUCCCCAAAGAGGAAACUUGGCUUCUUUUUCUUAAUGGAUAAGAAACUGUUGCUGAACUCCUGUUGCAAAUCUGGGAGCAAUAGACCCUGGUCAUCUGUGCCUGGAAGGGUUCAUUGUCAUUAAGUGACAGAGGCUGAGUGUCAUCCACCGUGGGUCAAUCCUUGUUCCAUUGCCUUAUCUGACAAGGGGUCAAGUGCUGCUCACCUGUCUGCCCUGUGGUUAAAUUGGCCAAUAGGCCAGUCUCCCUGGAGGGCCUGGAGCUCUGAGCCCUCCUAGCCAUGUACUUCUGUAGCCUAAGGGAAAUUCUUAAAAUGACUGAUGGAAAUCAAACAGUGUCCUUCCUUUGAGGGGUAGGUUUGGGGGAAGGUCUAGGCCUUCUUCUGAGCCCCAAGCCUGUCAACCCUUGCCCUGCCUUCUUUUGGGUUAGGAAAACCCUCAGCUCAGUCCGGAAGGAAAGGAGGGCACCUUGGCUGCAUAUAAGUUUCUGUCGUGUUGGGCUUUUUACUGUCCCUCUCAUGUGCGUAAGUGAGCAUCACAGGCCACAGUGCUCUCCUAUAGGUGGGAGUAAAAUGGGGUCCUCCUAAGACCUUCCCCACAAGAGCAGAGCAGCUCCAGGAUUGGGUGCCAGAGCACAAACUGUGACCUGGAGCUUGGCCUUAGGACCACUUGGAACUGACAAAGCAAACGGCUCUUUUGUCUUUUUUGAGCUCAGGGGGAGAUUGGCUAGACCCCUGUGGUGGGAGGACGUAGGUGAGCUCUUAAGAUAGCCCAGGCAGUGGUGUGGGAGGAAGGGGUCUCAUCAUGGGGGAGGGUGUGUGUGUGAGAUGAGUUUUUUAUGUUUCCCCACUCAUGGGCUCCUUGAGGGUUUUUAAACAGGAUGGGGAAGACAUGAAAUGCAGUCCCCACCCAGCGUAGGGCCAGCCUUUGAGAUAUGUGUGAUGCAAGGAAACUGUCUAACCUAGCAUGGCAGGUCAUGCCCUAGCUCUUGCUUUUUGUUCUUAGAAAUAAAUAUUUCCCAUUGUGAAUGGGACCAAAUACUGUUCUGGGCUCCAUAAUCCUAGGUGUGCCCUAGAGGAGGGAGAUGCCUGGUCUGUGGCAUGGCUCUUUUGUGCAUGUACCGUAGGGAUGGGAACAGUGAUUUUGGCAAGCUGCUUACCCCACGUGAGCCAUUUCUCUCCUCACAGUCCCCCUUUCUCUUGGUUGCCCUCUGACUUCAGAGCCUCUUGGAGAGGAGGAGACCCUGAAGACUAGAGGUGGUGUAUAAAAAGGACACUGUUCCCUGUCCUUGUGAGUCUUGCUUUUCGUGUUGUCUUCAACCCCCAAAAUUAUAAGGUGACUCUCUGUGACAAAAAUUGUUUACUUCAGUGGGAAAAUGACAACUCCGUCCUUGUUGGAAGUGGUUUCUGAACAGAAUGGCCAGAAUAUCCUUAGCCCCUUGCAUAUGUCCUAGAAGAUAGAAAUGAGAGAUUGGUAGGAAGCCCAAGGGUAAGGCUGGUGAUGGGCAGGAGAAAAGCCAAGCAGACCUGGGCCAAUUAGUCUUGCAGGGCUGGAAGUUCUGGAAAAAUGUCUUGCAGGUGAUUCAUAGGUCCCUGGAGGAAUUUCAGCUCAUGGUCUGCUGCAGGAUUUAGGUUCAGAUGCUGGCCCGUGAGGACAGAAGGGUUGGCAAUGCGGGUGUUUGGUGGAUUGAUGACAUUGCUAUAUAUUUUAAGGGGAGCACUCAGCCGAAGUCCAGGUUUGAUCCAGUUCAUGGCCAAGUAAUGCUAGAGAGAAAAGGCAACUGUUAGCCUGAGGUAGUGACCUGAGGCUGUCUCUUCAGAGUCAUCCCAAGAGCAACUAGUGCCUUUGUCCCUGUCCCCAGGAUUGUCACUCACCGGGGCUGAAUAGAUAAAGUUGAACAGCAGAAGUGCUAUAAUAAAUAUGAUUGCAGCGGCUAUGAUUUUAAAGUGGUAGCGUUUCCAGAAAACGUGACACAAGGUUGUAACAGGUAUCCGAAACAAGAACGAGGUGUUGGGUCGUCUGUCCAUAAGCAGAGGAGAUGUCAGAGGAUGGAAGGCAGAGAGAACCUUCAGGUCAAGUAAUCUGGACCCAAGAGCUUUCUUUUUUAAAACAACUUCUGCUUGCUUGUGUGUCCCCAGCCCCCCAUUUCCCCUUCACUAAGGCUGUUCUCUCCUGAUUGUAGCUGAGCCCUGAGCCGGGAUGCUAGGAAGUAAUUAACCUCUCUCCACUUAAAGGCCCAAUGUUCACCACUCUAUUCAAAUUGCUGGGCCUAGCAGCUCAGCUUUGUGAAUGAGGAAGAAAGAUUUUGUGCCUUUGUCCCACAGGACCCUUACAGGGGAGGAUGAAGUGUAGGGUACUGGUUGGGUUCUGAGUGGCCUCGCCCUGCUGGCUUGAUUAGGGCUUCCUUCUCUGACAGAAUCUCCAGCGUCAUCUUCACUUUACCCUAGAAACACCAUAGGUGGUGGGAGGCUGAGUUCAUUACAACAGGUGCGAGAAUAGUUUAAGACCCCUUCCCAUAGAAAGGAAAAGGGAUUUAGCAAAGGUUCCCAGAAGUCUGUUAGAGCCAAGUGACGUGGCAUAGUAGUCCUAUGCAAUAGACACCUUCCCCAGCUCCUACCGACAAGCGCCAUUUGCCACCAUCGAGGACCUGGCAAGGCCACCAGCCCGUUACAGUCUUCUUCUUGAAGAGGGAGAUGUGCUUGUACUGGAGGAAGUAAGGCCACUUGGAAUCUGUAUCCAUCAUCCUGAUGGAGCACAUAUUGGCGUGCCGGGCUGGUAGAGGCAUGUCAGAUAAAUCCAGCUCCAGGACCCCUGAGCCCAGAGAAAUGCUGUCAGCAAGAAGGAGCUCCCUGUCCUGUGGUCACGGACCCUAUUCCAGAUCUCACCUAGGAAGUCAUCAGUGGAGAAGAUGUCGUUGUCCCAGAUCUGGAUGAUGAGCCGGGCUGGGAACUUCAUCACCGUGGGGUCCAGGCUCCAUAUGUAGUCCUGGAGGGUGACAGAAGAGCGUAUUCCUGGCCUGUCUCCCUUGAGAUUGCCCUUGGCCCCCUUAGUAGCCCACUACCCAGCAGUGAUAGACUCUCAGAGAAGUUUCUGCCUGAGGCCACAUUCCAAGUGUUCAGCUUAUAGUUCUCUGAGGAAGCGGGAGAGGGAGCACAGCCCCCACCCCCACUCCCAGUUCUAUUACCUUCUGGCUCUGGACACACAUAUGCUCAGCUGCCAGGUAGUCCAUGGUGAAGAUGAACCGCCAGUUGAAGUCGCUCUUCCCAGUGAGGGAGUAGUAGUGGAUAUCUGUCUUCUGCAUGUCCUUCUCUAGCCCAAAUAGCCACCUGGGGCGAAAGUCAUUUCACCUGGGGUUCACAUGUAUUGUCCCCCUCCCCUUCCCCUUGUGGGAAGCACUGCUCAACAGACACCAGGCACAGGUGGGAGUGGAGAGAUGUGGCCCCAGAAUUGGGGGUGGGAGGCAUAGGGAUGAUACAAUUGGGGAACUCUGAGGGAACACUGCUGGAGCCCUGCCAUCUUUCUCACCCUUUGACAUAGAUGUCGCUUAUCUCGCCAGAUAGACUUUUCCCCAGGUCCAUUUGGGCAGUUUUCCAAAUGAUGCAGCGCAGCUCAUACCUGCAGUCACUGUAGUCUGAGGCUUUGCUGAGGAAUAGCUCCCCAACUUGGUGCAGGAAGACAGGCCUGGGAGGCUGCCCUCCAUGCCCACACCAGGCACACCACAUUUGGGAGGAUGCAGGGGAAGGAAGCUCCCAGGACUCCCAAGAGAAGGAAGGAAUUUGCUGUUCCUUAGUGUGUGAGCACACCCAUGUUCCGUGCCCUGGGAAGUCCAGUGACGGGGAUGAGGUAGGUCACUUACCUCUUAGGCUUUCUGGGCUUGAUGUUGACUGGGGGGCCAGGAGGCCCAAGCUUCUUGGGAAAGAUGUCCACCCACAUUUGCACCUUUCCCUAGAGUGGAGAUGGAUUAGCUGGCUGGGGGUUGCCAGCCUCUGUUCUGAGCAUGCUGUGGCCUGGGAGCCCUGUCCCAGGUUCUGGGGUCUGUGGAGGCUGUGUCCCCACCAUAGGAGGGUGGGGUAAGGAGAUGGAAUGGACUUCAGACAGGAAGUCUGGCAACUCCCCGCCAGAUUCCCUUUUCUCAUUUUGGCUGGAAGAACGGUACAGAGUAAGGCUGGUAGUGUAUGAUGGCUUCAAGGCUGAUGGCCACAGCGGGUUAUCACUUGUGACUGGGGGUUAAUGCUGUUGAGCAGGCCAUGCUCCUCAGCCUCUCUGGACAGAGCACCACAGUGGGGUUGGGGCUCCAUUUAUUAACCAGCUUAGUGACCCCAAGAAAGAGCAAACUAGAUGGUCAGUCCAAGUGUCCAGGUUGCUUUAUGUUGUGUAAGCAUAUUGUAAGGGUAUGAAGCUGUCCACCAAGCAUAGAGGUCUGUCUUAAGAAGGGAGGGAUGAAAAUGGUGAGAAAAAGGAAGAGAAAAAACUAAAAGAGUAGAACUACUAACACUGGAAGGUAUAGACAAAUAUAUUCUUUCAAACUGACCUCAUUUUAUUCUUUUGAAGUUGACCCCAUUUAAGAAAACAGGUUUAAUGAGAAUGGUUUAUAAAAAGUGCUCAGCAGAGAACUUUGUGUCUGGAAUGUGGUAUCAGCUUGAGAAAUUUAGAGAAUGAGAUGAGCUGUUCUGGUGGCUGGAGGGUAGAGGGUGGAUGAUAAUUAGGGUGCCCAUGGGGAUUUUUAUUCCUUCUGUUUGGGGUUCCUUGCCAUGGAGAAAACACAGCCUGCAAUUAACAGGUAAACCAGGGUUGUAAUGUCUGCACAUCUGACCCCAGGUGCUACCUCCCCACCCUCCCUCAGGAGAGACUAAAGCAGCGUAGGCACUGGCUGGUAAGGUUGCACCUUACCGCUUCUACCAACUGAUGUACGGCCUAGGUUUCUUGUAGACGACUUUUCCUGCUCCGAAUUUCUCCAUUCUGAGUGACAUCAAUGGAACUUCUCACUUCUAACAGAAUAUGCUUGUCUUUUGUGCGCAUGCAUCUGUGAAUGCUUGGCCUCCCCUUCCCCUCUCGUCAUGGCUAUGUCCUGGAUGGAUGGGCUCCCUGGUCUCCCGAUCCAGCCCCUCGAGUCUCAUACCUGGUCGAUGCCUGGCUGGCUGUCGCUGUAUAGUGUGCGGGUCUCCACAUGCUCAGGGACCAGCCCCUGGGUGUGCAGGAGGUACAGUGCAAGGCGUUCUUUCUUAGGUCCCAAAUAACGAACAGUAGGGGGCUUGGGCUCUAGAUGGAAGGAGGUGGAAGGGGAGGGGAUCACGAGGUUGUUAGCUUUCCUGUCUCCCAGGCAGGUGCGCCCCCUUCCCUACCCCAGCCUGGACAGUGGCCAUGGUUGCCCUCCACAAGAGGAAAGGGCAAAAUGGGGCAGGUGCCCUCUCGUUUCAGAGGCCUGUCUCUGUGCCUUCCAGCAGCGUGCUGUACUACUCACCAAAGCUUUGCAGUCUGAAUUGUUUCCCAUUGUAAAAAACAGAGUCCUCCUCAGGAUUGAACAGAGGCGGAGGCAGCCCUUUCUGUUUGGCAUGGCGUUCCAAGAGGAAGCUUGGGUGCAUUUGAUCCCGCCACCUAAAGGGCCCUGACCUGUGAGGUUAAGGAAGAGGAACAAGUGGGGAGGUUUGGGUCCUGGAGAACAUUCUGCUUUGAACUGCAGGAUGAGCAGUGGUGGGGGGCAUGGAUGGAGCCAGGUUCGGGCCCUGGUUCCCCAGCCUGGGAUGCAACCUCUGCAAAGGGAACUGGGGGCUCCCUCCUCCACCCCUCCCCUAUUCUCUUGCCCAGCCUCAGGUAUACUUACUGGCAGUAGGAUUUGGAGAGCCCACAACGGGCUCCAAAGCCAGACAAGAGUCGGUUUUCAAGGUCAAUGACUGUGGUUCCAAUCUUAUCAUCAGGUGAAAACAGGUCAAAGUCAUAUAGCUGGAUCUCCAGGUCUUUCUCCAGGGGGAUGGUACAGCUGAGUUCAAACAUCCUAGGGGUGAGGGUGUUGGACACUGCAGACUGCGCAUCAUGUUAUCUACAGGCCUCCCUGUCUAGCAUCUCAGCCCCUUGUUUGGUCAUGGUGAAUAUGGAGAGCAGAGCCUGGGGUGGCUGUCACCUGCCAAUAACUAUCCCCUAGCUGUGGCUAGAAACAACUUUUGGUAGGCCUGGGUUGUGGGACCCUGAACUUUCCCAGGCAAAGUGUUUGAGAAGGAGGGUAGAACUGACCACCCUUCCAUCUGUUGAGCACUGUGAGACCCUGUGCUAGGAACUCAGAGGUUAGAAAGAAAUGUAAGAGUUGUUCGCCUUCUGGAGCUUACUCCUGGAGAAGUGUGGGAUUGGGUGAGUUGGGGCAGCUCACAUGCCAAAGAUGGGAUCCACAGUGUUGGGCUGGUACUUGUGCCGGUUGCCAAUCUUUGUCUGUCCCAGUUUCAGGAUCACAUAAGGGUCACACUGGGGUUCAGUCAUAGGGAGGGAAAUGUGACAGGAAAUGGAAAGUCAGCCCAGGUUGGUCAGGGAGGGUGGGGGUGGGGCAGAAGUGAGCCCCUUGUACCAGAUGGAGCCUGUGGUGAGGUGGUGGUCUGGGUAUCCGCAGCCUGAGGGAGCUCCAGGACCCUGUGGGAGGCACCUGGGCUGGGUGGGCCCGGGGACCAUGAACACCAUGGGUUUGGGGCUGCUCAUUACCAGGCCGUUGGCAUCUUUGGGCUGCAGGUUGAUUGCUCGGACUAUGUACACUCGCACCAAGCACUCCUGAGGGAAGUCCUCUUUCUCACGCCAAACUGUGAACUGGCGAGGGGGCUUGGGGGCUUCUGGAUCCUCAGGAAAGGGGUAGACGCGGAAAAGGCCCUGUGUGUGUGUUGGGGAGGGAAGGUGUUGGCAUUGCGGGCCCGGCUCUGUUAAGCCCUCCAUGAGGUGCCCCUGGUCUAAGCUCAAGCGAGCGAGAGCAGGCUGUGUUGAGGAUGGCAGGGAUGGAAGGCUGCAAGGACAGGAGAGGGUGGGUGUGGCAGGGACUCCACAGGGACAACUGUGUUUAGGAAGAGUGUUGGGCAAAGAACUCUAGUCAUUAGGUGAGUUUCCAGUUUCUGCUGAUGCGGACCCCCAUUCCAUGCCCGUCCAUCCCUUCAGGUUGGAACUUGUUCUCUAAGGCUUAUAGGUUUUGGGAGCUCAACAUAGGCCAGAGCUGGUGUGAGGAGGCCCCUGCCCAUCCUAUGUAAAGGGAGGUCACUCUAAAUCCCAGCAUAGGUCACCGUCUGCUCCCCUGCUCCCUCAACUGUUUUUCAAGCCCUCCCUGCCCUAUCCUCUCACAGAGCAUAGAGAGCCAGGGCUUUUAUUAGAGUCUUCUGGUGACAGAAGGGGCACAGGAGACAGGGGCAGCUCAGCUGGGGUGGACAUGCACCUUGAACUCCCCUACCACAGGGCUGUCCAACUUGGGCUCUUCCUGGUAGAGUUUAAAGGUCUGGCAGAAGUCCUGCAGGCCUUCGAAGGCGGGCACAGCCUCCAGCUCGCAGUCAUACACCUGCAGGAGGGUGCAUGGGACCCAGGCUGGUGGGGAGAGCGGGCUCAGCCAGAGGGGGACCAUUCCUGCCAUCAGGGGGCUGAGGGGCCACCAGUUCCUAGGUCUGGCUUCAAAGCAUCUGCCUUGUCGGUGGCCCCAGAGUCAGCACCUCCUGCUGUAGGUGGGGCAGUCCUGGUUCCCAAAAAGGCAUGGCUGGUGGAGGUGUGGCCUGGAGUCUUAGGGAGACAAGAAGGAAACUACCCCCUCUCCUGCCUGCCCCCAUCCCCGCUGGUAGUUCCUAGAGGAAUCAGGGUGAGGUUUGCUGGUCUCUGCCAGCAGAUUUUAUUCCGAGUCUCAGCAGUCUCCCCCCUAGAGGCCUCCAAACCUUCAGGGUGUGGUAGUCUUUGUUCUUGUACUGAAAGGACUUGGCAUCUCCUGUGGCCCAGAACAGCUUGUUCCACCAGUCCACUUCAUGCUCGUAUUCGUCCUGGCAGGGAAGGUCAUUCUGGCCUUCAGGGAGAAGGCACAGUGGCCUUCCUCUGCCCAGGGUCAUGCUGCCCCCUGCCUCCCUGAGCUGCCCAGAGUCGUUCCUUUGUUCCCUGAGUCUGAGCCUACGUCACCUCAGCUUUGCUGGACUCGAACCAGAACUUUUCAUAGAGGUAAUCUAGGACCUGAAAAGUGAGAGCAGGAGAGUGGGUGAGGUAUGGUGUCCCCUGCCUGGCCUGCUCACCAUCCCUGACUUCUGAGGAGAAAGGGAGUGGAGGGCAGGGCUCCCUUCCCUGGCUCCCUUGCUCCUCAUGGAGUCCUUUCAAUUCCAAGAUCGUCAGACAUGGGUUUGGGGACCAGAAGGAGGGUAAGCUUAGUUCUUAUCCUCAAUGCCCACAGCUUCAGAUGGAACUCUGGGAGGGCCCAGAAAUGCAGAACCUGAAGCUUCACCCCAGGCCUACUAAGUCAGAACCUGCUUUUGCUCCAGAUGUCCCCAAGAUGCCUGUGCAUUCAGGUUUGAUAAGUGCAGCUCUCAAGGGAUAGUUCUGAACCUUGAAAACAUUGAAAUCACUGGACUUGGGUCCUUCCCGCUAGCUAUCCUGUGGCCUGGCUACAACAUUUCUUUAAACUCUCGGACUGUUCUAACAUGCUGUCCACAUUGGGAAUCACAGCUUUAGAGUUCUCGUGUACACUGAGAGCACAUGUCUCAGAACUCUGUUUAAUCUCCGCUUCUCCUCGGGGACAAGGGCUGCACCCUGUAAAUGGUGUAGAAGAAGGUGGGACCUUGAGCCCUUUACUCACCUUCUGGUACUUGUUCAUAGACAGCACUGAGGAGAAAGAGCAAUCAUGAAUCUCAGGAGCAGCAAGAAGGGUGAGGAGGAGGGACACCAGCCCCGCAGGGCUGCCAUGGCUGCCCCCACUCCCAGUGCCAGCUUAGGGGUGAGGCUGGGAAGGGUAGGGGGAAAGGGCCAUACUUGGAAGCUGUGGAGGCACAUAGUCCUCAGCCCAGGGGUCGCAGAAGUAGGGCUGUAGGGAGUUGAUGUUGGCCUGACCCACCACAGUCUGCUGGCCGAAGUCCUGACUGUCCACUACCUUCAAUGUGAGGGGUGGCGCGUAGACCUCCUCCAUAGGCAUGAACUGCAGCCCCAAGGAGAGGCCCGGGCAUGAGGCCUCCCAGGGGAGAGGGCUGCCCCAGCCCCUGCUUUGCCCGAGGUUGCCUUACCACUGUGAGGAAGAGGACCGACUGGGUGAAGUUGGGGUUGGUCUGGAAGUCCUUGAUGGGCUGUGUCUGCAGGGACUCUUCCCAGCAUUCUACCAGGAGCUGGGGGGAGCGCACCUGCUUCAUGUUCCGAAGGCCCCAGAUCAGGAUCUGCCAGAACAGAGAAGGAGGGGCAGGGCAAAGGACAGACAGGGCCUCUGUACUGGGGUCCUGGCCAGAGAGAGGGGACUGUCCUGGGAGUGAUGAUGCAUCAGGGAGUAUCCAGGGCCCGGGAAUGAGCUGGACAAAGUCAGAGUCUAAAGGUUACCCAGGUCUCCCUUCCUGUGGGGGAUCAGUGCUUGUCCUCAAGGCCUCCGUGAGGGAGUGCCCUCUGGCUACUGUGAUAUCCUUCACUGACCUCCAGGGCCCCUUAGGUAUUGUCCUUCCUCCCCUGCUGCUUUGUCUGGCCUCCAGUCACUGCUCAGGAGUGAGUCCCUAAGGCUGGCUGCCUUGAAGGCCCAGAGUAGCAGGGGGGUCCAGAUUUCUCAGGUGUCCCUUUUGCUAUCUAGCUCACUGGUGACUCAGAUCCCAUAGAAUUCCAUGGUCAUUCAGUGUUCUCAAGUGACAGACACUGGGCACCCCAGAAAACAUCCAUGCUGUUACUCAUGAAGGCCUCUUCAGGGGACCAGAGUGGGGUUGCCUGAUCUUGGAGGGGGGGGGUCUCCAGGGUCAGGAGGACCUGACCAGAUUUGUGGCUGGGCAUAAAGGUUCCGACGUGGGGACCUCCAGGCUACUGUCAUUUGGAGUCAGGCAGGGCCAGGCCCAGAUUCUGGCUUUGCCACUUAACCCUGUGUCACUGUGCAUGGGCUCUCCGCUCUCUCAGAGCCUCAGUUUUGUCUGAAAAGUGGUCCCUACUGUAGAGGGCCAUCGAGGGGCUUGGAUGUGGUAAGGAAUGCCAAAGCCCUUUGUCUAUGACCUGCCACAGAGGAUGUCAUUAAAAUAAUUUAACCUAUUCUA